AUGGUAGAUGACUCGAUUUCAUAUGCAACAUCCGGCCCAUCCAAGCCAAAACGACCAUCAACCCCAUCAGACACCCACCACUCGUCUGGAAUCUCUGAUAUAUCCAAAGGCAACCACGAAACAGCGUCAAAUGGACCUGGAGUCGCUGGCAGCCAGACCAUUCCAACCGAAUUGACUGACUCGGAGCAUGAAGAUAUCUUGAUGGUUGUCCAGACCCAACAAGCCAUAGACGUCAACCAAGACAUACAACAAAUUGGGUCCUGGACUGCUGUUGCGCACGUAUCUAGUGAAUCAGUGACUUCUCCUCAGUCUUCACCACUUCAUUCUCGGAAUAGUUCUUCUAUGAGUCUUGUUGGGUUGAGUUAUGAGUCUACGUGA